AUGGCGUCUUUGCUGCCGCUGAUACAGGACCUCCUCCCCAUGAUCCUGCCCACGCAAAUACACAUCACGCGGGGGAGGGACCUGGCCCCGGAGCGCGCCCCGGCCACAGGUUCGUCGCCAGAACCAAGGCUGGACCUGCCCGACGUCGCCUCGGGGCCUUCAGAUAAAACUGCUGUUUCUUCAACACCCGAUGGAGGUGCGGGCGAGGACAAGAACAGAGCCCUCGGGGCUAUUUCUGAUGUUGCUGCUGCCCUCACUGGGGCAACUGCCGCCGCUGGGCCCCAUGGGGAGCUUCUAAGAACGGCGGCGGGGAAGGGGGUGGUGCGGAGAGACGCGAUCGUCAACAAGACGGAUCGGAUGUGUGCUUCAGUGCUGUUUGCAGGUCCCAGGUCCUCAUCCUCUGUGCAUCACAACAGCGAGCAUGACUCCAUCAUAUACGCGGCCUCAGGGCGAGGCAUUCUAGCUACCAGUCCAGCAGAGGACGAUGGGCCCCCGAGGCGCAACGAACUAGAGCCCGGAGACUUUGUCUUCGUUCCUGCUUGGACCGAGCACCAGCUCAUCAACGACACGGACGAGCAGGUGACCUGGGUCGUGAUACAAGGCGGGCCGUCUCCGAUAGUCGUCGACCUUGAGGAGUGGGGCGGAGACGAAGUCAAGCCGGAGCGGAAUCGAUGA